AUGGCCAGCGCGACGUUCCGCGAGCAGUUUGCGGCGGCGCUGCAAAGCCGUGGCUCGCGAUGCGCGUACGUCUCGCACCUAAAGGUGUACGAGUUCGCGGACGAAGGUGCGCCGAGCUCGCAGCACAAAACGCGCUAUAUCCUCCUCGCGCAGACGCCCGAUCAGCGCGGAGCAACACUGUACAAGGCGAAGCGCAACGCCAACGGUUCGUUUAGUAUCGGAAAGGAGUGGGACCUCGCUGGGCUGCGCGAGCUCAUACUGCAUCCUGAUUCGUACGUCACGGUGGCACUUGCGAGGUCGUACCGAUGGCAAGCGGACAAGACGCAGGACCCUACCGAGUUCCUGGGGUCCGUCGCACGCGCCUUUCAGGCGAUUCAGGGACGCCUGCCGAUAUGCACGGGCUGGAGCAUGGAAGAGGACGUGCAGCCGCAGGCCGCGUCGCCUGCGCAGCUCGCGCCAGCUGUGCCGCCCGUGCGCGGCGCAUCCCCAGCAUUGGCCCACGCAGGCAGCCCAGCGCUGGGUCAGGUGCAGGCCCCGGUGACGCCGGCGCUUGCGUCGCACCAUGUUGCGUCGCCUCAGCCGAUUUCCGCUCCGCUCGCUGGCCUUGCACCCCCAGUGCAGCCUCGCUCGGGAUCCACGUCGCCUCAGCCGGCUGUGCCGGCCCAGUUGGCCUCUGUCGCGCCGCGUGCCGUGCCGGACGCGCAGCCCACACCCCCCCUGCGCUCGUCGCCUGCGCCGCAGCCCAGUGCGUAUGAGCGCAAAGCCGACCCUGCGCUGGAAGCGCUGCGCGACGAGUCGCGGACGCCGUCCGACUCGGUGCACGAUCCGCUUGCCUUGCGUGAUCCGCUUGCACGCCGUGCGUCGCGGCGGGGUGGACUUACUCGCCCGCCUGCCGCCUUUGCGCCGAGCGCAGCCGAGACGGCUGCUGCGCGCCGUGCCGGCGGAAAAGAACACGAUACGCUCACUCAUGUCGAAGAGAUGCUCGAAGGCUUCGAGUGGAAAGGCGGCAGUCUUUCGCUCGAUGUGCACGGUACGCGCCGCAACGUCGGCACGGCCGAUGUGAUUGAGGCACGCCUACUUGAAGAGCUUGCGGCGCUCGAGUCGUCUAAUAUCCACGCCAUGAUCGAGUCGGACGAUCGAGUAAACCAAGUGCUGCAGCACAUGGACGACGCGCUCAACUACCUGUACCAGCUCGACGGCAGCAUAGCUGGCUACAAGCGCCAGUUGAAUGCGCGCGCCGAAGACAUUGCGUAUAUCGAAGGGCAGAACCGCGGUCUACAGGUCCAGACGUCGAACCAGCGCGUACUCUUGCAAGAGAUCGAGGUGAUGCUGUCGACUGUCAACGUCGACAGCGAUGCGGUGCGCAAGCUUGCGACGGCCGACAUUGAAUCCGCGUCGGACGUCCCUCAGCUCGAGUCAGCUGCCACGACACUCUACAAGAGCAUUCUGCAGACGCGCCCAGAUACGCAGAGCCGCACGGCCGGCACCGAGAUUGCGGCCAUGACCGAGCGUCUGCAGCAGUACGAGGCGAUUGCAAACCGCUUCAGCAGCCGCCUGCUGCAAGGCGUUGCUGGCGUAUUCGAGUCCGAAGGCAACGCGCUGCUGUCGGACGCAAAUGCACUCCGACAGACCUCGGCACCGAAUGCGACGCUGCCGACGCACGCGGGUAUGGAGCAGGCUGCCGGCAAGUACUGUGGUCUGAUGCUCUACAUGAAAGAGACGUCGCCGGCACUCUUUGAGCAGCUCGCUGCGGCGUACCUGCGCAUUGCCGCGCACUGCUACCAAGUAGAGCUGCAGCGCGUCUUUGCCGCGUGGCGCCAGCAGUUGGGCGACAGCGCGCGCCUCAAAAAGGGGGGCCUGCAGCGCGAGCACAGCAUGCUCGGCCCCAACCGCGGCACGGAAGUCCUCCCGUGGGAAGCGCUGCAGCGCGUCUUUGCCGCGCUCGUGGCACGUGUGCAGGACGAGCAGGCGUUCCUCUCGGACCUGCUGCACAUCAACGAUACCAACGUCACAUUCGCGGACUACAUGGACCUCGAGCCGUACUUCCGCCACCGCGCCGCGGUCACGACGCCAAUUGCCUCGGUGAGUGCCGGAGGCGAUAUGCGCUCGGCGCUUGAGCAGGUCUUUGGCUCCAUCACACCGGAGCUCGACAGCUUUGUCACGAGUGUCGGCGCGUCGGACCGUGUGAACCUCGUCGGUCUCCUUGCCGAGACGGAGCGCGUGGUGCGCGAGUCGGCGUCGCGCCCCAGCGGCGAGUUCUUUGAGCAUGCCCUCGGCAAGGUCCUUACGCGCAUGCACACCGAGUUUAGCCGGCUUGUCGACGAGCAAAUCCGCGCGAUCGAGCAGACGAAGCUCUCGGUCAAGAAACGCAAGGGUAUUGUGCACUUUGUGCGCGCCUUCCCAGCGCUGGUGCGCCGCAUCGAGACGCAGCUGGUCGAUGCCGAUGACCUGGCUGUGCGCAGUACGGUCAACGAGGCGUACGAGCGCAUCAGCCGCAGCAUGUUCUCAAUGCUGCAGUCCAUCUCGAACAUGGGCGUCGCGGGCAUGGACGAGGACAAGGGCCAGCUGAACCACUAUGUGAUUCUGAUUGAAAAUAUGCACCACGUCCAGACGCGUGUCAAGCCCGGCACGCCGCCGAACGCGGCCCUGGCGCAUGUGCGCGAGCAGGCGCAGGCGAUCUACACGCACGCGCUGACCGGCUACGUGCAGAGCGUGCUGCGCCGCUCGCUCGGAAAAAUGACCGACUUUUGCACCGGCAUCGACGCACUGCUGCAGACGACGCCUGCGAACGAAGUCACGCUGCACAGCGCCUACUCGAAGUCUGCUGCGAAGAAACUCGUGCGUGAGUACACUGCCAAAGAUAUGCGCAAAGCCGUCGAGGCGCUUUCGAAGCGUGUUCAGAAGCACUUUUGCGAGGAAGACGACAGCACGGGCCAGAGUGCCGUCUCGGCGCCGCUCGAGCGCGACGAGAUCGCCGAGGUGCUUGCACAGGUGUGGCGCGCCAGUGAGGACGCGUACGUAAAAGAGACGGAGCGAUUCCUACGGAUCCUCAAAACGUGCUACAGUGAUGCGCUCCAUGUCGACUUCACCGCCCAGGACGUGCGGCGUCCUUUCCAUAUUUCCCCGCCCAGCGUGCGGAAAAAGUAG